UGUUGGGGUCGGGGAAACCAUGAUCGGGUAGGAAAUAGAGCUUAAUAGGGAGACGAAAAGACCAUGAUAAAAAAGAGGAGAUUUCUGCCCGAGGGCAUAGUUGUUAGGGUUUCGGUUCGGGCGGGGGUGGGGAUGAACGCCGGAGCUUCUCCGGCAGCUUUCUAGGAUUCGUGAGUUUCGAUAAUCGGGUGAGUAAGAGUGGGAUCCGUCUACGGAGAUGCAGACAGAGGCGCGGGUGGGGGUCGUAGUGGAGGGUGGUGGCCACAGAGCCCUUUCCUCAGGCCACGCAGGUGGCGCAGGCGCCCUCGAUGGUGGGGCUAGGAGUUACUCCUCACACCACCCCCAGCAGCAGCAGCAGCAGUUGCAACAUCAACCGCAGAUCGGGACGGUAGCACACCUUAUAUCCGGCGGGGUCGCUGGUGCCGUCAGCAAGACGUGCACGGCCCCUCUUGCUCGCCUUACCAUUCUUUUCCAGGUUCAAGGAAUGCACUCUGAUGUUGCAACUCUAAGGAAGGCUAGCAUAUGGCACGAGGCUUCUCGUGUUGUUCACGAAGAAGGUUUCCGAGCAUUUUGGAGAGGAAACUUGGUGACUAUCGCUCAUCGCUUACCUUAUUCUUCGAUAAGCUUCUAUGCCUAUGAGCGAUACAAGAAUUUUCUGCAAUUGGUUCCUGGUCUAGAUAAGCAUAGAGACAGUGUAAGUGCAGAUGUCUGUGUGCGAUUGUUUGGUGGAGGUUUGGCUGGAAUAACAGCUGCAUCAAUGACAUACCCAUUGGAUCUUGUCAGGACACGUCUUGCUGCCCAGACAAAUACUAUGUAUUAUAGGGGCAUUUCACAUGCUCUGUAUGCCAUCUGCAGAGAUGAAGGUAUCAGAGGAUUGUAUAAGGGACUCGGAGCCACAUUAUUGGGUGUUGGGCCUAAUAUAGCAAUCAGUUAUUCUGUUUACGAAACUUUGAGGUCUCAUUGGCAAGUUGAGAGGCCAUAUGAUUCUCCUGUCUUGGUUAGUUUGGCUUGUGGAAGUCUUUCUGGUGUUGCCUCAUCAACAGUGACAUUUCCAUUGGAUCUCGUGAGAAGAAGAAAGCAGUUGGAAGGGGCAGCUGGAAGGGCCUGUGUUUAUAAGUCAGGCAUCUUUGGGACAUUGAGGCACAUAAUCAGGACCGAAGGGUUUCGAGGCUUAUACAGAGGUAUUAUGCCUGAAUACUACAAAGUUGUUCCGGGCGUUGGCAUUGUUUUUAUGACCUAUGAGACGCUAAAAUCAAUCAUGGCAGGCAUGUCAUCAGUGGAUGACUAAAUGCUCUGAACUCAAUUAUGUGUGUUAUGAUAUUGAUCUUUGACAUCUGCCAUCGGCACAUUUUGGAGUUAAUUUGAUACAAGGUAGAAUAGUUUGUAUCCUUAGGAAUUACAUGGUGGUGAGUUUUGCUGUUGCUGCCAUGAACACUUCUAUUGCUUGUACAGAUGAAAAUGCCUAAGUGUGAGCACAAGGCAUGCAACAGAUGAUACUAUUUGUCUUUCCAUCGCUUUUGUCACCGACAUGAACUUCCUUUUAUUGGUCAUUUUAGUGAAAGGUUUGAUUUUGAUCU